CCGCAAACUCCUUAUAUGGAGAUAUAUGCAUAAUGGUAGCGAAUUCUUGCGACCUGCUAUUGCGUAUAUAUGAGCGAACGCGCCCCUUUCGAAAUAACACAAUACACAGGAAAACAACGAAAACUAUAGCUGUUUUACAUUACCAAUUCGCAAAAUGGUGGACUCUGGUAUUCGACCUACAAAAGAAUCUAUGGAUAUUUAUGAUUUGAUGUCUAGAAAAAAGGGCUAUGACUAUUCAACAUUUAUAAUAGCUAAAGAAGGUGGAAAAGACGCUGUGGUCCCAGGUGUUUCAGUGGAACUUGGUAAAAGCAAAGAAAAAUACGGUGACGAAGAUUUAAAAGGUGUACCCGUUGUAUAUCAUGCUUUAACAGAAGAACUCAAAAAAGCAACUCAAGCAUGCUUUGCGUUAGUUUACGUACCAUUUGUUACCGAUGACGGUCGCAACUCUGAUAAAUUUGCUUUAAUUACAUGGAUUCCGGAAACAACUACAAUUUUGCUGAAGAUGUCUAUGUCUUCAACAAAGCUGAGUGUCAUCAAAAAGUUCAGUUCUGCUCUGUCUAUUGAAGCACAUGACGAAGACGAUCUCAAAUACAAAGAAAUCGCCAGCAAAGUGAAAAAGUCGAAAUAAUUUAUGUCGAAGAUUUUGUUUUGUUCUGUUAUAUACAGCAAUCUCAAAUGUAAAGAUAAAAACAAUGUUUGCAUGACAUUUCUUUUUAAAAUGUAAAAUUUUCAUAUAAUUUCGAUUUAUAUUUGUUUGCACUUUCUUAGUAUGUUAAAAAACAAAACAAGAUA